AAUUAGCUCAGUCUUGUAGCAAUUUCAUUAACUAUCACAAAAAUGUUGCCAAGUUUAAAAUAUUUUAUAUUUCUUAUAAAUAUAUCUGCAGUUCUUUGCAAUGUUACCUCGGAGGUAGAGUUCAAUGCAACUAAUGAAAUUCUUGCAAUUAAAUCGCAGUUAGCCGACUUAAAAGCGGAGCAAGAUCGUCUGCGAUUGUUUCAGUCUUAUGUCGGCUUGCAUUAUGUGAGUAGUUGUGCUGAGGCAACAGCUAAUUCGCAAUCGAGUGGAAUCUACGACAUUUACGUUCCCAACUACAUUCAAAACCCAUUUAAAGUGGCCUGUGAUGCCGAGACUCAGGAUGGAGGUUGGACUACAAUUUUGAAUAGAGCCGAUGGAAGUGUGGACUUUUAUCGCAAUUGGACUUACUACAAAAACGGAUUUGGGAAUCUAGAUGGCGAAUUCUUUUUGGGAUUGGACAAAAUACACGCAUUAACUGCAGAAUACAGCCAAGAGUUGCUUGUGAUACUCGAAGACCAUCUAGGAACUGAAGUAUAUGAAAAGUAUGAGAAAUUCGCAAUUGGCGACGAAAGUGAAGACUAUGUCUUGCACACGCUUGGAGCAGCCAGCGGAACUGCAGGCGAUUCGCUCAGAGAGAACUAUCGCCAGAAAUUUUCAACAUAUGAUCGGGAUAAUGAUGCUUGGUCCGGUGGAAGCUGCGCCACAGGACAACAAGGCGCCUGGUGGUACAACUCGUGUACUUCAGCCAACUUGGCUGGCACUUACAACGGGAAACUUGACCAAGGCAUUUUCUGGACCGAAUUUCGUACUUAUAUUUCCCUUGAAAAAGCCACUAUGAUGAUACGUCCAAGAAAGACAACCUAGAUUGUACUAUUUGGCAUUCGGCAUUUGUCUGUUGUAGUAAAAUAGGACAGGAAUUCAAUACUAGAAAUAAUACUGCAAAAAUAUACCAACAAAUAAUACAAUAAUACCAUAAGCUAUAAUUGGUAUAAUAAAUACAUAAUAUACCAGAUAGACAACCAACAAUUCAAAUAGAUUCUAGUUUUCUGGUUAAUAGAAAUAGGCGGACAGACAGAAAAGAAUGUCAAAUGAAUAUACCAAAACAUAAUGCAAUAUACCGAAAGCUAUAUUUGGUAUAAUAUGUACAAAAUAUACCAGAUUGUGUUGUAUAAUAGAAUAUAAACAGGCAUUCAAUACUGACAAAAAAAAAGUCUCAAAUUAAUACGAAGAAUAAAAAGAAUACAACAUACUGAAAGCUAUAUUUGGUAUAUUAAGUGCAGAAUAUACCAGAUCGUGUAAGCCAGCAGCCUUAUACUAUAAUGAAUUCUUAAAUAACUUGGUUACAUAAAGAAACUAUAAUAAAUAUUGGAUAAAUCAUUUGGCAUAUUGCUGACUACCAUUCCAAUUG